AUGAGCAGCCCACGCCGCCGAAUUGAGACUGAUGUCAUGAAGAUGCUCAUGAGCGAUUACGAAGUCACGCUCGUCAAUGACAACAAGUUCUUUGUCCGCUUCAAGGGUCCAGCAGAGACCCCCUUCGAAGGCGGCAUCUGGAAGGUGCACGUUGAAUUACCGGAUUCGUACCCCUAUAAGAGCCCGAGUAUUGGAUUCGUGAACCGCAUCUUCCACCCCAACAUCGACGAGCUCUCCGGCUCGGUUUGUCUCGAUGUCAUCAACCAGACGUGGUCGCCAAUGUACGACAUGAUCAACAUUUUCGAGGUCUUCCUGCCGCAACUGCUCCGAUACCCGAACCCAACAGAUCCCCUCAACGGUGAAGCGGCGGCCCUGUUAAUCAGGGAGCCCAAGAGCUACGAGGCCAAGGUCAAAGAGUACGUUCAGAAGUACGCCACAAAAGACGCCGCCGACGAGGCCGGUGCCGAGAGCGAGGAAGACGACGACAUGUCAUCGGUGGCAAGCUUCGGCGACGAAGACGAAGAGCCUGCCGGCCCCAUGGACGACGUAUGA